CUAGCCUCGCUCCCGACCUCCUCUGCUCGCCUCACCUCUGAAGCAAGUGCGGUGCGUCGUACAAUGCCGAUCCCGGAACGUCAACAACACAAACUUAUCUGAGAAUCAAUCGAUUUCCAAUACUUUGAGAAUCUGUUUGCGGUUUGUGUCAGCGGUGUCAACGCGGCGUGGGUGCGAGGGGUGCGUUGUUCCGAGUCCCUGUCCAGGACUUCAAGUUAUCCUAUCGACACUUAAUAGUCUUCUCGGAUUCCCGUGGCAGCUGAGCCAGGAAUGCAAGCUGUUCACCAAGCUGAAAUGUGAUAUCGUUAUGAGAGGGAUGCGCAGUCGAUUAUGUCAUUGACGAAGGAAAUCUGUUGAUGGAUUGAGCAAAGGCCCAGUCAAGUUGCCUGCACUGUUGUCUUGCAAUGCAUGGAAAGGGAAAGCGCUCCCUUACUGUGGGAUCUGCAGAGCACCUUAUUUUCAAGUACGCACUUUGAUGUGCAAGAUGGAUGGGCCACAGAAAAUUCUCAGUGUAGUGUUUUGCCAUCUAUUUGGAAGUGUCUAGAGUGCGAUAGAAAGCUGGCUGAUAUGUCUCCUGUAUUUAUUGGUGAUGGAUUUCGGAAGAAGUCCAGAUUUUAUUAUAAGGGAGAUGGUUUUUACUACUACAAGAAUAGGACAUUAGUAAACGAAUCAGCUUCUCUGAGGUGUAUCAAUUGGAAAAGACUUCGUUGUCCUGGUAGAGCUGUGGCAUCAAAAGACUGGAAGUCCUUGACUAUCAGUACUGACCACACAUGUAUGCCUAAUUAUAAUUUCUGUAAAGUACGGAAGCUGAGACAAGCAAUUAUAGCCAGGUGCUCCUCUCGAGAUACUACUCGUCCUAAAACUAUUGUUUCUCAAGAGAGUGAGUGUUACUCAAGAGACAUCAGACUUCAAUGCUCAGCCAAAAUAUUGAGGUCAGCCAUUAGAAGAGCAAGGAUGAGAGUGGUACCUCGUCUACCCCAUACCCUUUCUCAACUGGAUGAGGUACUUCGGAGUGAGCAAUUUAAGCAUCUCACCAUGACCAAGUCUGGAGAUGGUUAUUUGUAUGCUGGAAGUUGUGGCUCAGCCAGGAUGCGUUCCAGGUGUCUUAUCUUUCAAUCUCCAACUAUGAAAGAAAUUAUGUGUACCUCUGCUAAAGAGGUUUUUGCUGAUGCUACAUGGGAUGGGAGGCCAUCCUGUCCUAAUAGUAGCCAAGUCUUCUCCAUGACUACAUUAUUAAAUAAUCAGAUUCUUCCCUUGUGUGUUUGUUUAAUGGAGAGCAAAUCAGAACACACAUAUACCAUUCUUCUGCAAGCAAUAAAAGAAUUGAACCCUGGUUUCAAACCAGAUAAAAUUCACACUGAUUUUGAAUUUGCUGAGUACAACAGUUUCAAAAAAAUAUUUGUAGAUGCAAUUGUUGAAGGAUGUUUGUAUCACUACAGUAAUAAUCUUAGUGCUCAAGCAAACAAGCUUGGUUUAGCACGCUUUAUUGCUGCUAAUGAAACAAUUGAUUCUUUGGUAAGGAGCUGCCUUGCCAUUCCUCUUGUGCCCACCCCCAGAAUUCCAGAAGCAUUAGCAGCUGUUAUGACUAGAGCUAGUGAGGAAAAUUUUUAUCGUGUCCUUGAUCCUUUCUUCAAGUAUGUUUAUGAAGAGUAUAUUGCAAAGAGGACUCAUGUGCUCUCUGUAUACGGAUCCGAAAACCGUACAAACAAUGUUGCCGAGAGUUGGAACAAUUCUCUGCAAUUGGCAAUGAAUGUGAGACGACCAAAUGUGUUCAAUUUCAUCAAUGGUCUGCUUACUUUGGAAGAACAGGCAGCUCAAGAUUAUUUUGACAUUAACAGGGGUGAGAACACCACAAGAGGACGAAAAGUCAGUGCUCUUGUUAAUGAUGCCAGGAUAUGCAAUUUAACUAGAUUACUAGAUAGGAACCAGAUAACUAUGAGUAAUUUCCUUAGAAAUGCAUCCAGAACAUUAGAGAAUCCUUACAGACGCCACUGCCCACGCCCUCCCCCCCAAGUUUAAACCUUUUGCACUUGUGUAAUUGUUUACCAGCAUAAAAUUUCAUUGACUAGUGUAAUAAGAAAAUUUCAAGUUCUUAAUAAUCACCCAUGGCACCUGUUUCAAUAUCUUCUUUGUAAAUUUGAAGUGUUCCAUAUUUUUGUGUUGAUUUUCAUUCUUCCAUGGAUACCUAAGGGGAUGGUUCAUUAAGCUGCCAAGUAUAUCUUGAGUAUUGUGCCAUAGACAUUGUUGAAAUUAACAUGGUGUGAAAUGAGCAUUUGCCUUGGACGUUUUCUGCGGGUUGCACAAAAUAACUUGGGUUGAAUUUUUUGUCUUGUGAUAUAUUUUUGUCAUGUUGGAAUAUUUGUGUGAGCAUGACUGUUUUAUUAUUCUUGUAAGUCUAAGAUGUGUGAUAUUUCAAGCCUUUGUCAACUACCAUAAUAUUCUGUAAAGUUUUCAAUCUCAAUGGUUCAGAACCAAGUGUACUGUUAAGUUGAAUAUGUUAUGAAAGUAAUGUAGUAAUCUUGUAUGUUUCAUGCUCUCUGCGCAACCAUUUUAUGCUCUCAGUCGACAAUACUUGGUUUACGUAAUGAGAUGCAUGAUUGUAUUGUAAUUUCAGCAUUUAGUUACCUCAGGAAAGUGAUAUGUGAUAUAGUAUUGUAUCUUACAAAUAAAGUACGCCACUCUUUAUUCA